GACAUAAGGAGACUUGCCUCGCAAUGGCAACCGUAUUACAUCGACGGGGACAACCCGUACCGACGACCGUAACAGCUAACAUCGAUAGGCCACAUGGUGAACAUGCAUACAUUGAUCAUACGAACCAAACACUUAAACACGUAUGCAUAGGUAAUUUCAGAAUAACGAACCCACCUGGUCAAAAGCAAGAGAUAGCACAACAAUACGUAUCUUUGUGCCUUAGUAAUCAGUCAGGAUAUAUUUUCACGUGUUCAAUAAUUUUGAACUUUUUCAAUGUUCAGAUGCCGCCACGUAGGGAACCCGAUCAUCCGGUUCCUACUCAGGCUACAGUGGUCGCCCAGUUCCACGACUACCAUGCCGAAAAGUUCUCAGGGCAGGGAGAUCCACGCGUAGUGGACGAGUGGAUUCAGGGUAUGGAGUUUAUCUUCGAGGUCAUGGAGUGCCCUGAGAGAUAUCGCGUCAUUUGUGCUCAGCUUCAGUUCACUGGUGAUGCCAGGCUCUGGUGGAACGCUUACUGGAUCAUGCGUCCCGGUGAGAAAGCGGGAUGUACGUGGGAGAUGCUCAAGGAGUUAAUCCGUGAGAAGUACUAUCCCACAUACUACCGAGCAGAGAUGGAGCGUCAGUUUCUAUCGCUCCAGCAGGGUACUCGUACUGUCGACGAGUAUGAGAGAGAGUUCACGAGACUUGCAGCUUUU